AUGGCAAAGUCUCCCGAAACAAGAAUGCGGCCUCCCCUGGAGGCUUCAUUUCACUCCUCCUCCACAAGACGGUUUAGCGGGCCUAAAAAUAGUCUUGCCGAGUCCACCAGCGGAUUGGCCUCCCCAUUGGCUACCAAAGAGCUUAAAAUUUCGACCAGCAAACAAAAUCAGACUCCAGUGACCAUCAGCAACGAUAUGCUGAACAUAAAUCCUAAUCUCAAGUCAAUUGUGGAGGGUGGAACGUCUCCUAUAGCAGAAUCGAAUGUCGGUGUGGCAGCGUUUGCAGCUACAGCAACGGCAGCAUCUUUACAACUGAGUGGCUCCAACUCCUCUAAAAGUCCCACAUCAAGGAAUUUGUCGCAUGUUCCCUGCAAAUUCUACCGUCAAGGGGCCUGUCAAGCUGGUUCUUCAUGUCCCUUUUCCCACACUUUAACCCAAACAAGCCAGGCAGCAACUUGCAAAUAUUUUCAGAAAGGAACAUGCAAAUUCGGAUCGAAAUGUGCACUGGUGCAUAUUUCUCCGGAGGGAAAAAAGGUUAAUCUGAAGGCUCUAAAUCAAGCUUAUCAGGUGCCAAAACAUGAACGAUCUCUGUCCUCUUCCCAGGGUUUAAGUCAGCAGAUACACAAAGAUCCAGAAACAUCUGAUGAUCAAGCUUCCAGCAUGUCCUCUCCUACUCGAACAGUAACAUCACAGAUGGCAUCGUCUCCCUUCAGCAAUACAAACUCCAUUUGGUCAGGCACAGGUUCAAAGGAAAGGCGAUUGUCUGGACCAUCUUUUUCGACAGGGUCUUUCUCUAGAGGUUCGUUUUCCAGAGGCUCUUUUUCUAAUCACACAGUGUCCAAAGCUGAACUAAAUCAACUAAUAUCUGGGUGUGCUAUUUCGGACGACGAAGUUGAUGGUGCCGAAAAUAUGAAUGCCCUGGGUGCAGAGGACUUUCUGCCCAGCAGUCUCUCUGACCUGCUAACACCCCAAGAACUAAAACGGAAAAACUCAAAGUCUGGUAGUAGAGCCAACUUGCGCCAUCUCUUCGAUGCUCCACUACAUGGAAGACAAAACGAGGCUGGAACUCGUAUUGACGAAGACACUCAAUUUUGGAUCGACUAUUGA